AUGAUAAAUUUACAUACAAACGGCUCAGAAGGCUCUUUGAUUGAUAUUUACUCUUUUAUGGAAAAAGCAUCCUCUUUAAACUACAAGGAAUCAUUGUUUAAUUUUACCGCAAUAAAUGUGUUGAAAUUUAUUUUUAAUUUAUCAAAAAUACAAAGUAAAGAAAUGGAUAAAGCUAUUAAUGAAGAAAUCUACAAGCAGCAUUUGGAAAAUAAAGAGAAAUUGAGAAAAGAAUAUAAAAAUGUAAUUGUGGAGAGUGAAGGUCUAGUUGGUUUAUAUGCUGCCUUCGAACUCUUUAUGGAAGGAAUGAAUGUAACUACAGUGAGUGGAUACUCUAACAUUCUAGACGAUAAAAUACAUCUUAACAAUAAAUUUUUGUCAAAAAUUCGUUUCAUAUUGGCUACUGAAUUUGAUAAAUUAUUUCUUGAAAAAGAAGAUUCGUUAAUAAAAUUGGCUGAUAAUGAAAUUGUUCUAAAGCUAAAAAAUUUUGAAUAUGCGCUAGAAGAACGUUUAAACGUUUUGUCAAUUUUUGUACAGGAAAAAGGGCAAAAUUCGGUUUUGAAAUUUAUAAGUGAUAAACAUGUCUUGGAUAUUAAUAAUGUGAAUGAGCAGCCAAUGGCUAUUUUAGAUAAAUUUGAUGAAAUAAGGAAUGAUGAAAUUCCAUUUGACUUAUUUUUCUGUGAUUUUACAAAACAAAUGAAAUAUGGUGUUGUUAUCAUCAACAAAAAAGAUCACAACAAAAGUAUAUACAAGGAAAGUAAAUUCUCCAUAAAUAUAAAAAUGAGUUUGAAUAUUUUAUUCGAAAAUUUAGGAAAAUUGCUUAAUAUAUCAUUUUUCCUUUCUCAAAAAAUUAGAACACGUUACUAUAAUAUAGUUAUGUUGAUUUGUUUUGGCAUGACUUUGGUAAAAAAUAAUUCUCAAAGUUCGUUGACUAGAACAGGCAAAGUUUAUAAAACAUUCCAGGAUGGAAGCCUUUGGUUUAAGAAUCAUCGAGGGAAAGGUGUAAAUAUUUCUGCCCAAAUAUUUGAGACAAAGACAGGAAUACAAAUUGAAUCAGAUAUACCCGUGGCAAGUGUUGAAUUAAUUGAAGAAGUUAAAAAUGAAAGAGAGGAAUUGGAAGAGAUGAACGAAGCGGAAUUUAAAAAGAGAUGGAAUGAAGCAAUAAUCGACGAGUUAAAAUAUAAUCAUGAUGAGGAUGUUGCCCAAAGAUUAAAAGUGAUAAGAAGUGAAAAAUACGAGAUUUUUAAAGACUUGAAAGAAUUAAAUAUAAAAUAUGAGAAAAUUGAAAAAGAACUAAAAGAAUUGAAAAACAUACGCAAAGAUUUAAAGGAGUCUAAAGAAUUAAAAGAAAAAGUGGACAAGAUAGAUGAAAUAUUUGAAGAGAUAAAAGAUAUAAAAAUGGGAAACAAUAAAGAACGAAAAGGAAAAUUUAGUAAAAUAUCUGAAAUGAUAUUACACAAGGAUACUUCAAAAAAACCCAACAUGUCUAAACACAAAUAUCACUAUGAAGGAAUAAGCAAUAGAUAUGAGAUGAUUAAUGGCAGUGAAGAAAUCAAGAAUAUAGAAAUCGAUAAUGAUAAAAGGUUGCUAGAAGAACUACAUCAAUUAAACGACAAAUAUAAGAAAGGUGAAAUAAAAAAAUAA